AUGCAUGUAGCCAACGGAUACUACAUUGAGGGUGCGUUCUACAGAAGACGGCCGGAGUCUAAAGUCGCCAUGCAGGGGGACACAGUAACUCUCGUCUGCGCGUUCAACGGUCUGAGUAGCACGAGCGUCGUCAACUGGGAGGGACCACCUGAUGGCAGCAUCAUAGCAACGGGAAGAGAGACUUACGUUUCCUACAAGCGUCAUAAGAUAGUGGGAGACCCAACUCGCGGGGACUACAACUUGCAGAUUAGGGAUGUGCGGGUAGAGGACUCGGGUGACUACAGAUGUUCUACCCCCAGUGUGAGCGCGGAGGCACAUGCUACUCUUACUGUCGUCGUGCCAAUGGUUGGUCCCCCCGACAUCACCGGCGCAGAGCUCCCCCUAACGGCGGGAGACAAACUGCUGCUCCGCUGCCGGUCGCGAGGCGGCUAUCCUCCGCCUCGGCUCACCUGGUACAACGGUACCCACCAGUUCGGUUCACAAAAGACGCGCCGUAACGACGAGGGAGGAACCGUCACGCUAGAGCUGUUCACGGCGCGGGUCUCCAAGUGGGACGACGGCGCCAACUUCACCUGUGUUGCCGACCAGGGGUUUCCUGAUAUUGUCAAGCCACGAUCUGCUUCAAGGACGCUGCGGAUCCAUUAUCCGCCGAUGGUGUCUGUCCCGUCCCCGUCCAUCCACGCCAGAGAGGGCCAGUCGGUAAACCUGACGUGCUACGUCGACGCCAACCCUAAAGCAACUGUGACGUGGAUGAAACUGGGAGAUAACCUGCCCAGGCAGAGUAUACAGAGAGAGCGGAGUCUCCAGCUGCUGAAGGUGUCUAAGUACGACAGCGGCGCGUACCAGUGCAAGGCUGAUAACAGGAUCUUACCGAUUGGCAUCGGUUCAAUUCGCCUGGAAGUUUUCUACCCACCACAGAUUGACUCGACGUUGGACAACAAAGUGACGGUUAUCUACGGAGAUGAUGAUUUCUCCCUGAGCUGUUUCGCGGACGGAAACCCCAAACCUCACAUCCGCUGGCGGCGGAAGGAUACAAGUUUGUACUGGGAAAACCCGCUUCGGUUCCACCGGGUGCGUUACGACGUGGAGGGGAUGUAUCAAUGUGUCGCCCAUAGUGACGGUUUCCCUGAUGUGACUAAAGAUGUUGCGAUUGACGUCGCCGGAAAGCCGCACAUCGAGGCUCGGACGUCACAGGUGUACGUCAACCAGGGCGACAUCGCCAAGUUUUACUGUGACGUCAUGAGCGACCCCCUCCCCAAGACCAUCGACUGGCUGUGGAGAAACAACAACGGCGUGGAGAGUGUCCUGCUGGAGACCAACAACGGCAUCACCAUGACGGAGAAGAAGCUGGGAGAAUCCAAGACGGCCACCUUGUCCAUAGAUCACGUCACUGGCGACGAUGCAGGAAUCUACAUCUGCAAAGCGGCGAACAUGUUUGGUUCUGAUCAGCGGGAGGUCCGACUGAUUGUUAAAGAGUCGACGUCGUCAGUAAUCGCCAUUAUCUCCAUCUCCGCUGUGGUGGUGAUUCUUGCGGCAGUGACCGUCAUCGGAGUCUUCGUCGCCAAAAGAAAGGGACUGCUUUGUGCAGAUGAGAAGCCUACCACCCCAGCUCUGACCCCUUCACGACCGGUACCACCCCUGCCGAAGUACGGGCGUAAACCCGGCCAUGGCACGAACGACUCCGGUGUGGAGGAUCUGGAACUGCAGGAGAUGGACGGCACGCUCAAACCACGGCCUCCGCCAAGAGUGGACAAGGACUGGACCUCCAUAGGACUCUCAUAUCCACGCCUGGCUCACUCCAACACCCUCCCGCCUUACUCCACCGUGGAGCGGCAGCGGCCGGACGGUCAAGACCCCCGUCUGUCAGCCAGCAUACAGGAGGAAGGCAGCGUGUCUGUGGCGGUUGAGGUGGAGGCCCCGCCGCAUCCACCCAGGGACAAGAAGGGCCCGUGGAAGAGACAGGGAGGGGCUAGCGGAGCCGCGCGCAGUCACCACCGGGCGGGGAACAACCACCAGGCCGAGAACAUGCUGAAUGAGAUCCAGGCAGACAGCUUGUGAUUUUGCGGAGUUGAUCUGUAAGGCCACAGGAAGUAAUUUAUAUGGAUGACAUUUUCGUCUGAGU